AUGAAGUAUGUUGCAUUAAAUUCAUUACCUGAGAAUGGUGUACCGCCAGAUCUCAUGACUGUUGAGACUGAUGAUGAUAUAGUCGCUGUUGACAAUUGUUCUCCUGAUGUAGGCCCUCCUACUGAUAACCCCUCGGAGGAUAUUGUUUAUGAUGACUCAACAGGAAUGAGUAUUUUUUUACCUGUCGGUCUACAACAACAACAUGAUAUAGAAGCUCUUAAAAGUCAGGUUUCUGAAAGCGAGCCAAUGCUGUGGCCCUCAGUUGACAAUGAACCAUUAAAUGAGUAUCAAGUAUCACAUCUGGCCACAAUGGCUUUCCCAACAUUUUUUCCAGUUGGGAAAGGUGAUCCUACUAAUCAAGGACGUUUGAGAGAUGUCCCUCUUCAUGAACGAAUAAAGCAUCUUUUAAAAUUUGCUGAAAUUAUUGAUGGUAAAUGGGUGUACCGUUUUGCUAACCACCCAAGAUUUUCUUAUUGGGCUUUCAACAUGAUCCAAAGAAAACAAAUCUUACAGCAAAGUGGAAUAUUUCUUAAACAAAACCCAGGUGAAGCACAUCUCACCAUUGAUAAACUGUGUGAAAUGACUGCCAGUAACAUUGCUAAUAUAAUAUUGCUGGUACUAAUGCCUACUGGAAUAAAGUAAGAGAAGAACUCAAAGCUGUUAUUACCAGUGUUGGAGCACCAACAUUAUUUUUUACUUUUUCCUCUGCAGAUAUGCAUUGGCCUGAAUUACAUGCUUUAUUUAAAGCACCUACAGAUUGUGAGAUUGGUAAUUCUACCAGUGAGCUAAGACGGCAAAAUGUUAUUAACAAUCCCCAUAUUGUAGAUUGGUUUUUCACCCAAAGAUUAGAAAGCCUUGUAAAACACUGGCUUUAUGAUACACUUGGUGCAAAAUGGCACUGGUUUCGAUAUGAAUAUCAAGGUAGAGGUAGUAUCCAUUGUCAUGGUACUGCUAAACUAAAGAAUGACCCAGGUUUGUGUCAACUUACUCAGACGGCUUUGAAAGGUUUCUUAGCAUACAAAUAUAAAUGAAAAUGAUUGAAGAGAAACAAAUGUGAUGAUGGUUUCAAACCCCCAAGUGAUAACCGGAAGAGAGAAAGAAAUUGGUACCGGGGGGGGGGGGGAUAGGAAACCGAAACCAAAGUGCAUAUUUUGUAGCGAGGAACACUGGAGUGAUGAGUGCAAAAGAGUAGUCGCACAAGAUCAGAGAAGGAAGUUCUUUGUUGACAAGAACUUAUGCUUCACUUGUGGACGUACUGGUCAUAGGGGGUCCCAGUGCCGUAGCCGAGGUUGUUUCAAGUGUGGGUCAAAGCAUCACACCAGUAUAUGUGACAAGAACCAAAAUCCCAAUGGUUACAGCAAGUCCCCUGAGAAGAAUUCUUUACCAGCCAUUAUUCCAGUCAAGAUUUGGGGGGAGGUGAUGUGGGCUUAUUUAGACACUGGUUCUGCUCAUAGACGGAUUUUGUGGGGUGGUGCAGGGGGGUGCUACCCCCCAAUAUUAGCUAUAAGCCCCCAAACAAAAUGUCCACCCCACCAAAAAAAAUUUCAACCCCCCCCCUAAUAUUCGGCAUAAUAAAAAAUAAUUAAAUAGUCCACUCCAAUGUGCAGAGUGUUGAUGAUACAAAAUAAACGUAGGAGUACAAUCAAACAGAAAAAGACCGUGCAAUACUCUGAAACUAAUUGCUCCUCGCUUGCAUUCACUGGUUUAUUGGACCAAUUGUAAAGUUUUGAAACCUAUUAUCUCCCCUGAAUAGAGUUUGCAGUGCCUUGUCAUGCAAAUAGCUUGCUUGCAAGUAACGUUUGGAAAUUUUACGAACAUUUAUUUUCAGUUUUUUUAAAAACUUAAGAAUUAAAAGACUUAAGAAUUUUAAGAAUUAAAAUUCUUUUAGGAAAUAGUCUUGCCUAGAUUUAAUCUUUACGUCCCAAAUAUUAUUUAGAUCGGAGUUGCAUCAUAAAUUAUACUCAGAUUCAAACGACACAAUGUCAAUGAUUUUAUAAAAGUAAAAGCAUAUUGUGCAUUGGCCUAUUGGGUUUAUACACUUUUACAGAUUCAUUUAACUCAAGUCUCGACAGACAAUCGGACAGGCCAAAUCCAUUGAUAUGACAACUUCAAAAAACUUUUUUCGAAGCUAGAAAUCAUGAUUUUUUCACAUUUUUCCAGGGAUACUUUGUUUUCUGCUCUCUAGACUCCCACUCGCGGCUCUAGUGCUCCACCCCUAGAAUAUAGACCUUACUGGGGUUUGGUGACACAUGGUGUUGCUUCAGUCACCUGCUCGCGGCUCACCCCCCUAAAAUUUCUGGCACCACCCCAGUAAAAAAUAUGAAAAUCCGUCUAUGGUUCCGCUAGGAACUUUGUUUCUCGGGACGCAGCGAAAAUGUUAAAUUUGAAGCCAAAACGCCAUGAACCGAGAGAAAUUGUUACUCUGAAUGGGAUCACAAAUCAGUCAAUGCCAAUUUAUGAAAUAGAAAUUAAUGCUCUUGACGGGGGAGCACGAGAGAAAAUCUAGGUUACUGGUUUGAAACUUCCAGACUUUACGACAGUCAGAAGACCUCAUAUUCCCGAGCUAAAAUUAAAGCAUUUUACUAUACUGAGAAUGGGAAAUGCCAGAUUCAUCUUAUUAUUGGAGAAAACAUGUUUAGUCGAAUCAGAACUGAAACUGUGUGCAAGGGGGAGCUGGGAGACCUGAUCGUUGAAGAAACCAGUUUCGGUUGGGUAAUCCAUGGAGGCGAUGACUACACCGAUGAUCAGUGCAUGUUCACAAGAGAGACAAGUGACUGUGAGAGACUGUAUAGUUUAUACGUCUUGGGAGUAGAGGACAGAGGAGACACCAACAGUGAAAUUCUGAAUGAGUUUACAGAGAACAUUACGAGAAAGGAGAACGGGAGGGUAUGAGGUCAGUUUUCCAUGGAUUUUAGGGAAAAGACCGUUGGAUACAAACGAACAGCAGAGUAGGACACGGUUACAGAAUGUCGAUAGAAAAUUAGAUAAAACCCCUGAACUAAAGCGAGAGUACAACAACAUUAUAAGCGAACAGUUAAGCCAAGGAGGAGUGGAAGUAGCCCCAGACACCUCCACUGGGGACCGGGUUUACUACAUGCCGCACAAACCGGUUGUGCGCCAGAAUGCUACCACAACAAAAGUACGAAUGGUCUUCGAUGCAAGUGCAAAACCUAAUGCAUCAGCUGAUAGCAUAGACAAAAUAUGUAGCUAA